CCGGACUAUGUUGUGUGUCCGUGUGAGCGUGUAGUGUGUUGGGGGGGUUGGAGUCACAACGGGGACUAAACAUGGGUACGAUGUUACAUGUAAGAAGUAAACUGGUCCAGAACUGAAGAUCCAGUGUCUUCGAAGUGUCCACACACGCGGGACUAUGCCCAGCGCCACCGUGUCCGUGCGAAGUUUAUCCGAAGUAGAGAAAUACCUCAUCGGCCGGAUGGUGAGUGUCAUAUGGACCAGAGUACUGAGGGCAGUUUUCUGAGCAUACCUUCCAUGCGUCGGGGUUCUUCAGAGAACAAUCUAGAUCUGGACCUGACUGAUGGAACUCACAGUCCUGCUCUUGGUUUCGAGGUGCAGCGCAGUCGCUCUUGCUUGGACAACCUCCAGCAAAAGAUCCUGAAAGUCACGGAACAGCUGAAGAUCGAGCAGACGGUGCGAGAUGCGAACGUGGCUGAGUACCUGAAGCUAGUGAACAGUGCUGAUAAGCAACAGAUGGGACGCAUCAAGCAGGUGUUUGAGAAGAAGAACCAAAAGUCAGCACAGAACAUUGCUCAGAUGCAAAAGAAGCUGGAACAGUACCAUCGUAAGAUGAAAGACAGUGAAAUCUGCCACAGUUCGACACCACAUGCACCAAUUGUCAAACACAGCACCAUCCCCAGGGAGUCUCCCAGAGAGCUGCUGAGGGAUAUGACUGGCAGUGGCCGACACCCCACCAUGGACAAAAUCAAGACCAUUGGACCUGGCGUUUCCCUCUCCCCACCUUUCUUCUUCAGCAAGCCAAGAGAGUUCGCGAACCUCAUUAGGAACAAGUUUGGCAGUGCUGACAACAUUGCUCAUCUCAAAACCAGCAUGGACACCUCCUCACCGUUGCCCACUGACAGCGCAGGAAAGGGGCUAAGUAGUAGCACCUCCAUGGUAGGCAAGCCAAAGUAUCCCAGUGAUGAUGAGUGCUCCUCAGGGAGUGCUUCCAUUUCAGCAGACAGUAAUGGGAACCCAGCAGGAGUAUCCGCAGGGCAGAUGUCGGGUCACGUCCAAAGCCAGGGCCACCAGGGAGGGGGAGAUGGAAGCAGAUUGGCUCUGAGUCUGGAGGAGGUGAGAGAGAUCAAAGAGGCCCAGAAUCAGCUCGAGGAGGACCUAGACGAGUUAAAGACUCAGGUCAAGAGGGAGUACGAGAUCAUCAGCCAAACACUGCAAGAGGAAAGAUACAGGUAUGAGCGUUUAGAAGACCAACUAAACGAUCUGACGGAGCUUCACCAGAAUGAGAUGGCUAAUUUGAAGCAGGAAUUGGCCAGUAUUGAGGAGAGGGUGGCUUACCAGGCUCAUGAACGCGCCAGAGACAUACAGGAAGCCCUUGAGUCCUGUCAGACGCGUGUGUCCAAGCUGGAGCUCCAACAGCAGCAACAGCAGACGGUCCAACUGGAGAGCCGUGACGCGAGGGUCUUACUGGGGAAAAGCAUCAACAUCAUGCUGGCCAUCAUUACUGUCAUCCUGGUGUGUGUCUCCACAGCUGCCAAGUUUGCCGCUCCCUUAAUGCGGAGUCGGCACCAUGUGGUGGCUACCAUCCUGGGAGUAUGUUUUUUGACCAUAUUCUGGAAAAACUGGGACCGUUUACAGUAUGCCAUUGACAGGAUGCUGGUGCCUGCCUGAUAGGGAGGACACAAAGUUGACUUCAUGAUAGGAAUGUCUGAGACGAUUGGUUCUACAAUCUUUGAAAGACACCAACACCAUGCAUUUAAACAUAAGUGUUUUUUUUUAAGUCAGACUGAAAUAAAAUUUUAAUUAAUUUUUUUCUUGUCUAGAACUUGAAUGUGUGUAGCUAACAGUUUUAUUCAGCCUUUUAAAUUAAUAUAUGCUUUAUAACACUGUACCUUGCAAUUUUUUAGCCCAAGGAUUGACCUAAAAUCGUUUAUAAGAAAUUUAUUUGAGGAUAAAUAAGGGUGAUUUAAGAACAUUUUUAUAGUGGACACAGCAGCAAUGUGAAAAUCACCCACUUGCACAGGUUUUGGGCAAAUAACCUAUAAAUGAGUUCAAAUUUGGAAAAUAAUUAUUUUGUUCUGUGUGUUUCUUUACCUCUAACAUCUCAAACUGUUUCAAGCCUGCACACACCAAACUUCAAGGUUUUACUCACCCAGCUACUGUUACAAAAUACUAAUGCAAAUGAAAAACCUACAGACUAAAACACUGCUGCAAUGUUCUUUUUUAUUAUUUUUCUGUAUUUCUUUCUGCCCUGUGAGGUCAGUCAUCUCUAAAAAUGUGUGUGCAAAGUGCAAUGUAUUUGACUUCCAAGACCACUGUUUUUCCAAUGAUUCGAUUAGAGAAUGUUUUAUGUCAAUUUUUUAGAGGUUGACGGGGUGGUGCUAGACAGUGGGGGUGUGAGGACAUGUCAUUAAUGUUGGCAUGAGAGAUCUAUAACCACAGAAGCCACUGCUGGACUCUGAUAAGACCAGCUGUCUCCUCUCUCAAGGGCCAAAAAUCAAUCCAGCUGCAUUACUGUGAUGUUAGUAUGGCAGUAUCGCCACAAGCCACUCUGUGUUGCAGGUCCACAUAUGCACACACCCAAACAGUACAAAACCAGCUCUCUUUAUUUUCAUGUCUGAUGGGGUUUGCACAGUUUGUGGUAUAUGUCUUUAACUAAUAAUGUGAUUCAGGGGUGAGGGAUUAUACUGUGAUACAAGGCCUUUUGAGGAAAAUGCAAUUGCAAUUUUUUUUUUUUUUUUUUUUUUUUAAAGAAGCAACUGCUUUCUGUAGUUCACUGUUGAAACCAGAGCACAUUACAGGUUCUACCUGAUGAACUAUGACCCUAUUUUUGGACUGACCAAUGUGUUAUUUCAUGCUAUAUUUUCUUACAUGACCACAGACCACUUUUAACAUUUGUCUGCCAUAAUAAUAUGUUUGUGUUGAUGUUUGUUGUUCUACUCGCAGUAUCAUAUCUGUUCCUGUUUUAAGAUACCGAGGAAGUUCUACCUGCAAAACUACAGAUCUGGUUUACAUUGUUUCAUCACCUCCAGUGCACUCUGUGAUCAAUCAGUUGUAUUUUCAUGCAUUAUGUGCCUUUGUCUGAAAAGUCCUGUUAAAUUAAACAAACCUUUUUAAACAAUG